AUGAAAUGGAUAGAUUUAUGGUAUAAUGCCGAAGAAUAUAACGUUCAAACAAUAAAUUCAAAAUUAAAUUUAAAACAGCAAAAUAAAACAAUAAGUAAACGAAAAUUAUUUAUUGCAACUGAUGAACCUAAAGAAAUUAUUUUGGAAGCUGAGAAACGUUGGGGUAGCCAAUACGAAUUCGUACAUAAUAGUCAAGAUGCUCAUUAUGGAAAAGUAGCAAAUGAUCCCGAGAGGUGCUCUUUGGAAUCAUUAAUUUCAUUAAUUGUAGAAAUUCGUUGUUUGGCCAAAUGUCGAUUUGUGGUCUGUACAUUCUCAAGCAAUAUUUGCCGAUUUGUCUACGAACUUAUGCAAGCUUAUCAAGGUUAUGCCGGAGAGAAUGUUCAUUCUCUCGAUUUUGAUUAUGAAGAAUUAUGGAAUGAAAAACAAAUGAUAUCAAUUUCUGAUUAUAAAGCAACAAAUAAUGAGGAAAUUGAUGCUCUUAAAGGAGACAUUAUUAUAUUUAAAAAGCAAAAAUUAAAUGGAUAUAUUGGAGCUUUCAACACUCGAACAAAGAAGGAAGGAAAAUUUCCUCAUGGAUUACUCAGAGAAAAAUUAAAAUUUGAAAGUUUUCCUGUUUUUUCCUUUAAUUAA